UUGACCAUCAAACUACCUAUCUUUCCACAGCAAUGUCAGAAUGAGAUAUGGGUAGAGGGUGCCCGGGUACCCGCCCAGGUGGAACCCGCGGAUAACGUGCGGGUCGGGUGCUACGGGUUGGCUUGGAUGUAUUACCCGGGCGGGUACGGGCAUCAACAUCCAAAUUUCGGGUUACCCGCAGGUCACCACUAGUACGCUAAUUGGAGACUUAUGCACCAACUGCUGUCGACUCAGUCAUUGAGUCGUCUGCCGGCGAGAAAACGCUCGAAAUAUGACGUCAAUAGCUCUGAUGAUGAGUCUUUGCACAAUCUGGACUUGCUCAAAUCUUAUCUCAAUUCUCUGCGUGUCUCCAGGCCUGAAAUUAUCAGUAUCAGCGGAGUUCUGAAAUAUUGGGAGAAUGCUCGUGUUACGAGACCCCGUCUGGCUCAAAUGGCAUUGGACUUCUUAUCUGCUUCAGGUGGAUGUUUAUGUUUUGAUAUCUUCUGACUGCAGCAGGAACUAGCACCUUCUGUAUAGGCUAUAGUUAAUGGGUACCUAGUAGAUACAUCAUGUACCCGCAGGUACAACCCGUGGGUCGACCCGUACCCGUACCACUUGACCUGGGACGGGUACGGGCAUGACUUUAUUUCUCAAUUUACCCGCGGGUAGCACCCGGGUAUGACCCGAGUCGGCCCAUGUCAG